CUAAGAAGUAAGAAGCUCCAAUUAAAAGCCAUGGAAAUGCUUAGAGAGAAAAGUGGGAAACCAUUGAAAAUGGCAAAGUUUAGUUUGAGUUGUGGUGCUUCGGAUUUCGUCUACUUUGGAGUUCUACUUUCCCAUCUUUUGUUAUCACAAUUUUUCUUUCAACUUACAUGGUGUGGCUCCACAGUACAGUUCCUUCCUGGAUUCGAGGGACCCCUUCCUUUUGUUCUCGAAACGGGGUAUGUGGGGGUGGGUGAAAGAGAGGAUGUUCAAGCCUUCUACUACUUCAUUGAAUCAGAGAGCAACCCAAAGAAGGAUCCUCUAAUGCUUUGGCUCACUGGGGGUCCUGGUUGCUCUGCCUUGUCUGGCCUUGUCUUUGAAAUAGGUCCACUUGCAUUUAAAAAAGAGGAAUACAAUGGGAGCCUGCCUAAUAUGGUCUUGAGGCCACACUCGUGGACAAAGGUGAGUAGUAUUAUAUUUGUAGACUUGCCGGUUUCCACGGGCUUCACUUAUGCUAGAACAGAGUUUGCUACUCAACGAAGCGACUGGCUCCUAGUUCAUCAAGUCCAUCAAUUUCUUAGGAAGUGGUUGAUUGAUCAUCCAAGAUUUUUGUCAAAUGAAGUUUACAUCGGUGGCGAUUCAUAUUCUGGCAUUCCUAUUCCUGUAAUUGUUCAAGAAAUUUCACAAGCAAAUGAAAGAGGGGCCAAACCAUGGAUAAAUCUCCAGGGAUACCUGCUGGGGAAUGCAGCAACAACUACAUGGGAAAAAAACUAUGCAAUCCCUUAUGCUCAUGGAAUGGGACUUAUUUCUGAUGAGUUAUACGAUUCACUGCAAAAUAAUUGUAACGGAGAGUAUAUAAAUGUAGACCCCAGAAAUGUAUUAUGUUCAAGAGAUCUCGACUCAUUCGAUGAGGCUACAUCAGGAAUUAAUAAAGCCCAUAUUUUGGACCCGGCAUGUGAGUGGAUUGAAACCCAUCAUGAAACUUCUCAAAGGAGAUCUAUAAUGAAGAAACAUCCUGGGAAGAAGGUCCUCAGUACUCAUCUCAAAUUGCCACCCUUAAUCUGUCGGAGUUAUGUGUACUUCCUCUCUGUCUAUUGGGCUAAUGAUGAUAAUGUUCGCAGAGCAUUGCACAUCCGUAAGGGAAGUAUAGGAAAAUGGCAUCGCUGUACCUUCAAUAUACCCAACAAGAGGGAUAUCCCUAGCAGCUUUGAGUAUCAUGUAAUCCUUAGUAGAAAAGGCAUUCGUUCACUUAUAUACAGUGGUGAUCAUGACAUGACGAUUCCUUUCUUGGCGACUCAAGCAUGGAUAAGAUCUUUAAACUACUCCAUUGUGGAUGAUUGGAGACAAUGGCGUACAAAUGGCCAAGUGGCAGGGUACACAAGGACUUACUCAAAUCGGAUGACAUUUGCAACUGUGAAGGGUGGAGGCCAUACAGCUCCCGAGUACAGGCCUGAAGAAUGCUUUGCCAUGUACAGUAGAUGGAUAUCUAACAAGGCUUUGUAGAAAUAAUCAAAUAAGGUUAUCUACCAUUUUGUUUCUUAAGUAUCUCUGCACUUUCUAUUUUGUUUGAAUAAAAAAGUGGUAAGAAGGAGAUGACAUAAAUAAAUUAUCAAUAACAUGGAAGAGACAGGUAGAGAUUCAAUUUAGAAAAUUAUGGCUCCAGCCUCAAUAAACUGCAAGUAAUUUUACUCAAUCGUAACUACUCAACUAGCUAACUGCUUGAAGUCGGAAGAUGGUGGUAUAUGGUAGGUCCAUUAUUCAACUGAAAAUAAUGAGUCUUUAGAUCAAACCAAAUUGUUGCACCAAAUUUUGCAUGUAUGACAUUUGCUACAAGUUCUUCUCAGAUCGAAUUAAGAAGUCAUAAUGUUAUUAUUGCGCUCCCUGACAAAAAGAAGAUGAGAACAGUGCCAUUAAAUAUACCCAUAUAGGAGCGGAUCCAUCAACAAAAUAAUAUUUGUUUUUAGUAGUGAGAACCAUCUUGUAAAAGUCGUACCAAAAAUUAUAGUUGUGAUCUCCUUAUAAAGAUUGAUACUAAUGGGACUACGAGACUAUUAGAAGGAUGCAUGAAGAAAGGAUUAAAAGGAUUGUCGUUUGUGUUUAAGUGUUUGAGGCUACUUAUUAAACACGUAGAUUAGUUGGUUCUAAAAAUAUAGUUGUAUUAGAAGUUUUAAUAUUUAAUUUAUUAUGUAUUGUAAAUUUAAUUUAACUUUAUCUAAAUUACUUAAAAUGUGUAAUAUAUAUUAGUGAGUGGAGGAAAAUAGAAGGCUUAGAGAUUGGGAACUAAUUGAGGAGGAUGAAAGCGUUGGAAACUUCAUUGGCUCAAAUAAUGGAAAACAAAACG